UAAACCUUUUAUUCAUCUUUAAUUUCUGGAUUUUAACACUGCAACCGGAUAACACUGGUCUUUUGUGGUCGCUGAAAGCAAGGACGGUGGAAAUGCGAAUUUAGGAGGGCACUUUUUGAAGAAAAACGCCAGAGGGAAGGAGUUUAGUGGUGUGUUCAUGGCUGCUGGAGAUGGGGCGCAGCUGCCGGCGACACUGGCGGCCAGCAGGAGCGUGGAAAAAGCGCUGGAGGAGGCAGCAGCCAGCGGAGCGCUCGUCCUGUCCAACCGUAAACUAAAAGAGUUCCCACGGACCGCCAGGAACCAUGACCUGUCCGACAUUACACAUGCUGACUUGUCAAAGAACCGGCUAUGCGAACUUCCAGAGGAACUAUGCCAGUUCAUCUCUCUGGAGACACUCAGCAUCUACCACAACUGUGUGCGCUCCCUACCCCCUGCUCUCUGUCAGCUACAGGCCCUUACCUACCUCAACCUCAGUCGUAACCAGCUGUCUAGUUUGCCUCCGUCAGUAUGUGAGCUCCCUCUGUUGCGAGUGCUCAACAUCAGCAAUAACAAGUUGUCAGUCCUUCCCGCUACCAUACACACACUUGCACAUCUCCGGCAACUGGAUGUGAGCUGUAAUGAGUUGCAGUAUUUGCCGGUGGAACUGGGUCAGCUAGAGUGUUUACGGGAUUUAAACUUGAGAAGAAACCAGCUUACGACCUUACCAGAGGAGCUAUCCGAGUUGCCUCUUGUUCGGCUGGAUGUCUCAUGUAACCGCAUUUCCCAUGUUCCCGUGUGCUACCGGCACCUGCGGCACCUGCAGUUCAUCUCCCUGGACAACAAUCCUCUGCAGAUGCCUCCAGCACAGAUUUGCUCUAAAGGGAAGAUCCAUAUCUUCAAGUACCUGAACAUGGAAGCAUGCAAGAGUAGCCACGACCCACUGGAGAGAGCUCUGAGACCCAGCGGCUUUAACAGCUGUCUUUCAGAUCAGGAACUUUUCCCUGAACAGUAUGGUGGUCUUGACAGUGGCUUUAACAGUGUGGACAGUGGCAGCAAGAGAUGGUCAGGAAAUGAGUCAGCAGAUGAUUUCUCAGAACGAUCUUUGCGAUUAGCUGAGAUGUCUCGUGAUCAUCACUCGAAUCUUCAGGAAGAAGAAGAGAGAGACUUACUUCUAGACACACCCAAAGUGAAUGGAGAUGUGGAGCAAGUGGUUUUUUUCAUUGACAACAGUGUAACGGAAGAGAAUGAAGAAAGAUGCAAGCCAGAUCCUCCUAGUCCUUCAAAAACAUCACCCCCUAAGGAGAAGACUGAAAUCAGCAGGUCCACACCCUCACAGAGCCCUGAAUCUGUGGGCAGCAGAAGAAGUGUCGGCAGUGAGUCAGUAGAUGUUUGGUCUCCAUCUAGUCCCACACUGGAGGAGAAGAGGAGGCCUGGCACGCUGCAGCUCUGGCAGGAGAGAGAGCGGGCGCAGCAGCAACAGCGAGAGCGUUUGCAGAAGAUAGCACUGAAAACAGGAAGUCAGUCAGCAGUGACAGCCAAACAGGCGGGAACAGGAAGUGUGUCGUGUGUUGAAUCUACAGACAGCAGCAUUUCUGUUAACGGUUUGCGUCAGAGAUCUGCGACUGUGGAUCAGAUUUAUACAAGCGUUCAACCAGGAUCUUUGCAGCGCUCAACAAGCCGUGCAGAUGCAUCCUCUGCUAAAUCCUGCUCUCCUACUGGCUCUGCUCCCAAACCAAACAGCUUCCUCUUCCGCGCCUCUUCACGCUGCAAUGUUAAAACAGGUUCAACGCAGUCUCUGGCUGAGUCAGGUCGCAGUGAGUCUCGUUCCACACUCAAAUCCCCACGAGAGGAGAGAGCAGAAAUCUCCCAGUUACGAAAGUCUCUGGAGUCUCGUCUGAAGAUCACUCUUCCAGAGGACCUAGGAGAAGCGUUGUCUAAUGGCACUAUCCUUUGCCAACUUGCCAAUCAACUCCGCCCUCGAUCUGUGGCAAUCAUCCACGUUCCCUCCCCCGCAGUGCCAAAACUGAGUGCUGCCAAGUGUCGCCUCAAUGUUGAAAACUUCAUCAGUGCCUGCCGCAAGCUGGGGGUUCCUGAAGACUUACUGUGUCCAGCUCAGCUGAUUCUGGAGGAAGAAGGACUGAGCCGCAUCGCUCAAACUGUCCAGGCUCUGCUGGAGCUGCCACCACAAGGACCCCGCUGCUCCUCACUCCAGUCGUCUGCACUGAAUGUCACCAGUUCAUAACCAGCUAUUACUUACAGGAAAAAAAAGUUUAGGUUACCUGGUUUUCUGCAUUAAUUACUCAGAAAAUGUGUUAUUAAUUUGAUUGUUUAAUAAUACGAGUUAAGAUCUGAUCUUAUUUUUAUAUCAAUAACACAAACAGUUGUUCUUUUCAGUGUCAGUUCUAAACAAAUGUAUUCAUUAUUAACAGUCUAAGCUAGAAAAAGUAUGUGGACCCUUUUAUACAGUAGAAUGGUAAAACCUCUUCAGCUGAUCAGACUUAGAACAAUGAAUCAAUUCUGUAUUUAAUUUACUUGUCAUAUAAACUUUAUUGAGGUUGAUCAGGGAUCUGGUGAGUCCUGUGUUAUCUGAAAACACUGAGUGCAAGGCAGGAAAACACCCUAAAGGGUGUCAGUCUAUCACAGGUAGGAAAUAAGUUAGGAAAUAACCCACGCAGGCAAAAAAUUACAUUUUAAACUUCUCAACGGCUGAUUGGAGCUAAGGAUCAAAUCCAAGUCCCCAGAACCCGUGUCGCUUUGCGGCACCAGCUGAACCACCAUCCAAAUCUGCCCUGACAUUUUCUUGUUCAUUUUUAAGGGCAACAAAUUUAUCUGUUCAUUAAACCAUAACACUUCUCUCACCAUGCUGUACAGUGCAGUGCCUUUUUCCAUUUAAAAGUGGUAUUUUUACUGCCGUAAAGUUUCCCGUUCCAUUAACUAGAAGGUGUGAUAUCUGGAUAAGUUACUAGAUUAGAGGUUUUAGGUCUGAACUAUAAAUGACAACUCAUCAUGUUCAAUAAUAACAUUUAAUUUACAAAGGAAGACUAGAACAUUAUCAUGCUAGCCCACCACUGCUGAGAUUCAGCUGUGCUACUGGCCUGCCGGGUGUCUACAUAAACCGAAGCCCUGCGAUGGAUAGGCGACUUGUCCCAGAUGUUCCUGCCUUGCGCCCAGUAUUUCCCAGUGGAACAGAGCCUACUGCAACCCUGACCAAAAUAAAGCGAUUGAUAAAAAAGAAAUAAAUAAUAAAUAUUUUGUGAGUAAAUAAUGCAGAUAUUCAUGUCUCAUUUACAAACUUAUCAUCGAAAUUCAGCUAAUACACCUGUGAUGUUUUGUAGAUGUCUAAAAAAAAGGAAACGUUCAUGUCUGAUCUACUGUGUGAUCCUGUAAUUGAGCAUUUUUUUUAUUGCAAAUCCAUGUACAGCUACUUGGAUGUAUAGUUAAACUUUUAAUUUGUAUUCCACUGCCAAAAAGCAGUGGGUGGCUGCAAAUGUUAAAGAAGGUUAAAGAAAAUUAAACAGAAUUAU